CAACUUACACAGUCACAUAGAGGCUUUUUCUUACCUUUUCCGUCUAUUUUCUAUUUUCCCUCCUCUCUUCACCAAAAACCCAGAGCCGAUUCAUCUUCCCUAUUCCCCAAGGGUCUUUUAAGACGGCUAUGCCCUUUAGUCUAGACACACCAUAGAUGGAGAUGGAAGAGAAGCAUGAGGACUACGAAGAUAUUGAAAGGGCUUCUGAUGGCUCUUCCGUUGGUGAUUCAGAUGAUGAUGAACCAUCAACAUCUGGACAGGAUGAUGAUUUAUAUCACGAGGAACCUCUAACUGAACAAGAAACCCAAGAGCUGAUCUCUGAGUUCCUGGAAGUUGAGAGUAAGGCUGCAGAGGCUCAAGAAGCACUCGAAAAGGAGAGUCUUGCUAAGGUGGAGAAUGAAGUAAGAGAGGAGUUGGCACAAACUCUUCAGGGCGAUGAUCUAGAGGCUACCGUGCAAGAUGAGAUGACUACUUUGAAGGAAGAAUGGGAAGCUGUUCUUGAUGAACUUGAGACUGAGAGUGCCCAUUUGUUGGAACAACUGGAUGGGGCUGGUAUUGAGCUACCAAGCCUUUACAAGUUGAUAGAAAGUCAAGCUCCUGAUGUAUGCUGCACAGAAGCUUGGAAGAAGAGGGCGCACUGGGUGGGAUCUCAUGUAACCACUGAGGUAAAGUCAUCUGUAGCUGAUGCUGAGAAGUACCUUCAGACCGUGAGGCCCGUGAGAAGACAUCAUGGCAAACUCUUGGAGGAGGGAGCUAGUGGGUUUAUGCAGAAAAAACUGGGUAAUAUUGACCGGAAAAAGGAUUUUGUAGCUGAAAAUGGAGAUUUGGAUUGGGUCACUGUUAACAAACUAUUUUCUGGUAAUAUGCCCGAUGGUGGUACCUCAUUUGGAAGUGACCAUUGGGCUUCUGUUUAUCUGGCAAACACACCUAAGGAGGCUUCUAUGAUGGGCCUCAAAUUUCCUGGGGUUGAUGAGGUGACUUUACUUUCUUGAUCCAGUGUUCAUUUUGGUUCUGUACAGACUAAGGGUUGGAGUUUGAAGAAUGUUGAUAAAUAUGUUGAAAGAAAGGAUACGUCUUUUCUUGCAUGCCUGCUGGAAUAAGUACCUUUAUGUUGUUAUUGGUGCUAAGUCGUUGAGAUGGUUUGUUUGUCAGGUUGAAGAGAUACAGGAAAUUGAUGGUGAUUCCGGUGAUCCAUUUGUAGCAGUUGCCAUAGCUAACGAAAUGGAGUUACCGCUGUCUGAAGAACAGCGGAAGAAUUAUAAGAAGGUCAAAGAAGUUGACGAUGCAAAGAUUGAAGAUCAGAAACUGCAACGUCACUUGAAGAAGAGGAGAUAUCGUAUGAGACAGAAAGAGAGUCAGAGUGUAUUCACUGAUGAGUUGAUGCCUAUGGAUGAUUCUUCUGACGUAAAAAUUGAAGAACAUGUACAGUGUGUGGGCAGCAAUCUUCAUGAUACAUCACACCAGGAGAAAGAAAGUUUAGAAGGUUACAAAGCUUUGGAAAAUUUUGACAGGGAGCAAUUCUCAAGUAUCGGAAAGUCGGUUUCCUCCGUAUCUGCCUCUGAUGCCUCUGAAACUAUCAGGGCUAAGCGCUCAAAUGAGGACGAGGAUCUAAACAUAAGUCAUAAGAAGAUUAGGGCUGGGUUUGGUAGUGAUGAUGACACGAAUGUUGUGAAGGGCGAUUUGGUCAGUAAUGCAAUUAAAGUAGAGGAUCGAUCAGCUGUACAAAAUAAUGCAAAUGAUGCUACUGCUGAUAAUAAUCUUUCAGAGGCUCUGGAUCAGAGGUAUUCUUGUACUGCGUGUGAUAACAUUACUCCUGAAAUACUCUCACACCCGCUGUUGAGAGUGAUUGUUUGCAGGGAGUGCAAGUACUUGGUUGAAGAAAAGUUGCGCCUGAAGGGUCCUGAGUGCUAUUGUGGAUGGUGCGGAAAAAGCAAGGACUUAGUCAGCUGCAACUCAUGCAAGUUACUCUUCUGUAAAUAUUGUAUAACUAGGAAUAUCAGUGACGUGUGUCGUAUGGACUCCCUAGCUUCUGGGUGGCUGUGUUGCUGCUGCUCUCCAAGUUUGCUCAAUAGAUUGACAAGUGAACUGGAGAAAGCCAUUGGGUCUGUUGAUUCUAUGGUCACAAGCUCUGAUAGCGAUUCAGACAACUCAGAUGCUGAUAUUGGUGUUAAAAUCAGUUCUAAGAGAAGGAAGAAAAAAGUGAUUCGAAGGAUCUUGGAUGAUGCUGAACUUGGAGAAGAGACAAAGAGGAAGAUUGCAAUAGAAAAGGAGCGCCAAGAGCAUUUGAAGUCUCUAAAAGUGCAGUUCUCUGACAAGUCCUCUGUGAUGAGUUCUACAACACUGCAUGGAACUCUACCUGAAGGUGCCAGUGUGGAAGUUCUUGGUGAUGCUACAACUGGAUAUGUGGUGAAUGUUGUUAGGGAAAAAGGUGAAGAAGCUGUUAGGAUUCCUCCAAGCAUUGCAGGCAAAUUGAAAGUUCAUCAGGUUGCUGGGAUAAGGUUUAUGUGGGAAAAUAUUAUACAAUCAAUUGGACGGGUGAAGUCUGGUGACAAGGGUCUGGGUUGUAUUUUAGCUCAUACAAUGGGCCUUGGUAAGACUUUCCAGGUUAUUGCUUUCCUAUACACUGCUAUGAGGAUUGUUGAUUUGGGACUGAAAACUGCCCUUAUUGUUACUCCUGUCAAUGUGCUUCAUAACUGGCGUAAGGAGUUCAUGAAGUGGAAGCCUUCUGAAGUUAAAGCCCUCCGUGUUUUCAUGUUGGAAGAUGUAUCGAGAGAAAGAAGAGGAGAAUUGCUUGCAAAGUGGAGAGUUAAGGGUGGUGUUUUCUUGAUCGGCUACACUGCUUUCCGGAACUUAUCCUUUGGAAGGCAUGUGAAGGAUCUCAACACUGCCAGAGAGAUGGCCUGUGCGUUACAGGAGGGACCUGAUAUACUUGUUUGUGAUGAAGCCCACAUGAUAAAGAAUGCUAGAGCUGAUACAACUCAAGCUUUGAAACUUGUAAAAUGCCAGCGAAGGAUUGCACUAACUGGAUCACCUCUUCAGAACAAUCUAAUGGAGUAUUACUGUAUGGUUGACUUUGUGAGAGAAGGUUUCCUUGGCAGCAGCCAUGAGUUCAGAAACCGCUUCCAAAAUCCUAUAGAGAAUGGACAGCAUACCAAUUCAACCUCCGAUGACGUAAAAAUUAUGAACCAGCGGUCACAUAUCCUUUACGAACAGCUUAAAGGAUUUGUUCAAAGAAUGGACAUGGAUGUGGUUAAGAAAGAUCUGCCCCCUAAAACUGUCUUUGUGAUAGCUGUAAAGCUGUCACCAUUGCAGAGGAGGUUAUACAAGAAGUUCCUUGAGGUGCAUGGUUUCGCAAGUGAUAGCAUUUACAAUGAAAAGACAAAGAAGAGCUUCUUUGCUGGAUACCAAGCUUUGGCUCAGAUAUGGAAUCAUCCUGGGAUCUUGCAAUUGAGGAAAGACAGAGAUUAUGUCAGCCAUGAGGAUGUUAUCGAGAACGAUGACAACUCAAGUGAUGAAAAUGUGGAUUACAACAACAUUCUUGGAGAAAAGCCAAGAAAUGGCAAUGGUAAUCUGCAAGGAAAAAGUUCUCAUGGAUUUCUUGUGAAGGGUUGGUGGAAUGAGCUUCUAUCCAAAGAUGAUUACAAAGAUGCUAAUUUUGGGGGGAAAAUGGUUCUGCUGCUUGAAAUUCUUACCAUGUGUUCCCGUGUUGGGGAUAAAGUAUUGAUUUUUAGUCAGAGCAUACCGACGCUGGAUCUUAUCGAAUUCUAUCUUUCAAGGCUACCUCGACAUGGGAAGCUUGGAAAAUCCUGGAGAAAAGGAAAGGACUGGUACAGGCUAGAUGGGAGAACCGAGAGUGCUGAAAGGCAGAAGUUAGUAGAAAGGUUUAAUGACCCUGAGAAUAAUAGGGUCAAAUGUACCCUAAUAUCCACAAGAGCUGGGUCUCUAGGAAUAAAUCUUUAUGCUGCUAAUCGAGUGGUCAUUGUUGAUGGUUCCUGGAAUCCUACCUAUGAUCUGCAAGCCAUUUAUCGAGCGUGGAGGUUGGCCAGAAGAAGCCAGUAUUUGCUUACAGGUUGAUGGCACAUGGAACCAUGGAAGAAAAAAUCUAUAAGCGGCAGGUGACUAAGGAAGGACUUGCUGCAAGGGUUGUUGAUAGACAACAAGUACACAGGACCAUCUCAAGAGAGGAAAUGUUGCAUCUAUUUGAAUUUGGGGAUGAGGAGAACCCCGACACCUUGAAUGAGAACGAUGAAGAGAACACAAGGGCAGGAGUUUCUGGGUGUUCGGUGAAGCAUAAAGUGUCGCUCUCCAAUGGAAGUUGCCCUUCUGACAAGGUCAUGGAGACCUUGCUUGGCAACCACCAUCCAAGGUGGGUUGCCAACUACCAUGAGCACGAGACGCUUCUGCAAGAGAACGAAGAGGAAAAGCUGACAAAAGAAGAGCAAGACAUGGCGUGGGAGGUAUACAGAAGAUCACUAGAGUGGGAGGAAGUACAGCGCGCCCCAAUUGACGAAACCACGUCGCAGCAGCAGCAGCAGAAGCCACCCUUGCCGCCCAAAGCAGCACCCGCCCAACCCACCAGUGGCCGAACCACCUCAUCUGUUGCUGCAGCUGCUGUAAAACCACCUCAGCCACUUGAAAAAGGUCAUGUAGAACUCUCCAGGAGCAUCCUGCGUAAUCGCCCAGCGCAACGGAAAUGCACGAGCAUCGCUCACUUGCUGACCCUCACAAGUCAGGGAACCAAGUUUGGGUGCACCACGGUGUGUGGAGAAUGUGCCAAGGAGAUAAAGUGGGAAGAUGUGAACAAGAAUGGCAAAAUGGCCAGGUGAAUGAAUGCAGAGGAUGAAAGGUGGUAUGGAAGAUGUCUUUCCUCCCGUUAAAAAUUAUUUGCCUUACAUAGAUGACAAUAGGGAAUCGCAAUUGCAGAGGUCAAUAUAGGUGGGGCGUUCCACAUCAUGGUUCCUUUUACUUGGUGAGACAGUGCCCUUAAUUUUGUCUGUAUUGACCUUUGACCUGUUUUGGGGAUGAUGUGGCUAUAUAUAUGUAAUCACUAGAAUGUGAGGAAGUACAGCGCGCCCCAAUUGACGAAUUUAAAUGAGUUUGACUACAAUUGAUGAAUGAAGAGGAGGUAU